AUGGAUGCUCCUUCUGAUUAUUUGACUAAUUUUUUUGCAAAUAAUACUGCAUUGGAAAAUAUUUCCUUUAAAAAUUGUAUGAUUUAUCCUUGCUUUUUGAUUAAACUAGCAGAUGGAAUAGCCUAAAAUGAUGUCUUAAUCUCAUUAAAUUUAAGCCAAAAUUUUAUUGGAGAUGAAGGUGUUAAAUACUUGUUAAAGGAAGAACUAGAUAUUUUAUCAAAAGAAAUCUUUUAAACACAGGAUGAUUAUGAUCAUAAAAGUGAAUAAUUCUUAGAAGAACUAUAAAAUAAACAAAAAUAAGUCAAAGACAUUAAUAUUCUUUUAAUUGAACAAGAAAAAAUAUAAGCAACGGAACUUGACCAAAUCGAAUCUUUGAUAAGAACAGAAAAUGAUAAAAUUAAUAAAAUUAAAAAAGAAAUUGAUGUUUUGAAAAAAGAAAAGUCAGAAAAGUUAACUUUUAUUGAAAAUAAAAAAAAUUAUGAUUUUAAGACUUUUAAGUCUAAUAUAGAAAGAAAACUUAAAGAAGAGUUAUAAAAAGUUAAAAAUGAUGAAAUGGCUUAUGAUAUGUUCAAUUAAAAUGUCGAAAAAAUCAAAGCUAAUAUAACUUUGCUUUAAAAAGGAAUCCUUCCAGGAAGCGUAGAUGAAGAUUUCGAAAAAGAAAAAGAUAAUGAAGAUAUUAAUAAAAAGAAUAAUUAAGAAAAAACUUUCCAGAAUCCUAUAGAGCCUCUCCCUUGUGUUCCUUGUAAAUUAUUAAUUUUUGAAUUGUUCCUUGACCUUUCUGCUGGAGUAUUUAUUAUCGGAGAAUUCAUUGAAUUUAUUUAUUAUUAAGGUGGCUUUUCUAUUGGUAAUGCUACUUUUGGUAUGUUAUUUAUUCCAAUAUUAAAUCUUUUUGCUGUUAUUUUAAUUUAAAUUUAGGCUUUAGUAUAUGAUUUUUGA